UAUAGUGACAUGCAGCAUCCCCUGACUAGCAGUGUGCAGUCUCCCAGGCCCUGGCCUGAGGUGAUUGGUGAUGUGUACAAUGCCUCCACCACUGCAGCGCUACUUCCUGGACUAGGCGGUACACAGGCAGCCCGUUAUCAGGAGGAGGAGAGCCUUGUGUCUGCCUCGUGCUAUGGCUGUGCGCGCUAUGAAGAUUGGAAUAAUUGGUGGCUCAGGACUGGAUGAUCCGGAUAUUUUGGAAGGCAGAACUGAGAAGUAUGUUGAUACACCGUUUGGCAAGCCAUCUGAUGCCUUGGUCUUAGGAAAGAUUAAGAAUGUGGACUGUGUGUUACUUGCAAGACAUGGCAGGCAGCAUACAAUUGCUCCAACAAAUGUUAAUUUUCGCGCCAAUAUUUGGGCUCUGAAAACUGAAGGCUGCUCUCAUAUCCUGGUCACUACGGCUUGUGGAUCACUGAGAGAGGAAAUUCAACCUGGGGAUGUUGUUUUAAUUGACCAGUUUAUUGACAGAACUACCAAAAGAGAACAGACCUUUUAUGAUGGAGGACCUAACUGUUUGGCAGGUGUGUGUCACAUUCCUAUGGCUGAGCCAUUCUGCAGUAAGACUAGAGAGGUGUUGAUAGACACUGCCAGAAAACUUGGUAUUAAAUGCCAUACAAAGGGUACAAUGAUCACCAUAGAAGGACCGAGGUUCAGCUCCAAAGCAGAAAGUAACAUGUUUCGUCUUUGGGGUGCUGAUGUCAUUAAUAUGACCACUGUUCCAGAAGUAGUCCUUGCUAAAGAAGUUGGGAUUUGUUAUGCCAGUGUUGCACUGGCUACUGAUUAUGACUGCUGGAAGGAACACGAAGAAGCGGUGUCUGUCGAUAGAGUGUUGAAAACCUUAAAAGAAAAUGCAAAUAAAGCAACUAGUAUUCUUCUGACUGCCAUCCCUCAGAUUGCAGCCAUGGACUGGUGUGAUACUCUUCAAAGCAUGAAGAGCACCGUUGAAAUGUCAGUCAUGCUUCCGAAACACUAAUGGCUUACAGCAGCUGAAAAAGACAUCUCAUCAGGGCACCAACUCUAGAAGAAUAAUAAAUUAAUGGUAUUCUACAUAAGCCUAUAAAGCAUUUUUUUUCCCCAAUUCUUGUCAACAGCAUGCAUAGGUAAUGUAUAAAGUGGGUUUACAAUACUGUCAAUAAAGUUUUCUUGUAUGUGAAAAUAAAGCAUGUAUUGCAAAAAAAAACUGAAAUUGCAGUAAUGGUAUAUUCCGUAGUGCAGUAGAAUUAAAGUAGACAAGAUGAAACACA